AUGAAGCCAGAAAGCUGGUGUCCGGCCGGACUGAUCUCUUCCCCACUAUUCGCCCUGCCUGCAUCUCUACCCUCUCUUCUGCAGUGGCGUACGGCACGGGCACCCUUUGUGCACGUCAAAUUCGCUGACUUCUGGUUGGCUGACCAGCUGAAUAGUCUCACAUUCAUACUGCCCGAUCUCGCCUUCUUUGUCUGCUUCUACAUCUGCCGCAUCGACUGGCUUAGCAUGACAAUCAAACCUACCUCGUCUGCUUCGAACAUGGUCUCCAACUCCAUCGCCUUCACCACCGACCCUCCAACAACGCCCUACCAGUCGGUUUCCGCCACUGCUGCUCUCGCAAUGGCUGCUGCUGCCGUCACGGCAGCAACCGGAGCGCCUGUUGUUCAGUCUACCACCGCUGUUACCGGCACCACUGCCUGGUUCAGUAACUCAACUGCAUUGCCAGUCCUCAGAGUAGCUGAUUCAUCCGUUGAUAUGGUGAUGCAAGCGGCUCUUGGAUUUACCAACAACACCGCGGUUGCUAUGUCGCCCUCCUGGCCUUCAGGCGCCAUCUUUCUAGAAAACCGUGAUAAUGAGACGGUCCAGCUAAGGAAUACCAGUACUCUUAUUGGGAAUAGUGAAGUUGAAGAAAGCUAUUCGGAUGUCAUGCUGUCGGCUGAUCAGGUUAUUGGCAGGACAACCUUAGAGCUGAAGACGAACAGUGUGACUCAAGGUACUACCAUAUUUCCAAGGCCCGUAGGCGACGGAGUAUCUGGAUCCCCACCUCAGGAUAGAAUUUCUAGAAAGUUUGUCAGUGAGUCCUAUGUUUCGACAUUUAUUUUACUUGUUCCUCUGGUCUGUACAGCAUACACAAAAAUCAUUGCUUAG